CAUUGAUGCUGACUACACUGGCAAACCUCUUCCUGAGGUCAUUUGGUUAAAAGAUGGAAAGGAGAUUGACAAAACAACACCGAGAAUGGAGAUCAAGACCACACUUACACGUACCAUCCUGACAGUCAAGGACUGCAUCAGAGUGGAUGGUGGCCACUUUGUCCUCAAGCUUGUCAAUGUGGGAGGAGUAAAGAUGGUCCCUGUUAGUGUUAAAGUUCUGGAUAGACCUGGUCCUCCCGAUGGCCCACUGGAGGUUAAAGGUGUCACAGCUGAGAAAUGUUAUCUGCACUGGAGCCAUCCUUCACACGACGGUGGAGCUAGCAUCUCUCACUACAUCAUUGAGAAGCGAGAAACCAGCCGUUUGUCGUGGACCAUGGUUGAGCCCAAGAUCCAAGCAAUCAGUUACAAAAUCACCAAACUGCUUCCUGGAAAUGAAUACAUCUUUAGGGUCACUGCUGUCAAUAAAUACGGUGUUGGUGAGCCUUUGGAAUCAGAGCCGGUUAUUGCUCGUAACCCUUUCACCACUCCCAGUGCCCCAUCCACUCCAGAGGCCAGUGCCAUCACCAGGGACUCUAUAGUACUCACCUGGGAGAGGCCUGAGAAUAACGGAGGAGCUGAGAUUGAAGGAUAUGUUCUUGAAAAACGUGACAAAGAUGGCAUCAGAUGGACUAAGUGCAACAAGAAGAGGCUGAAUGAUCUGAGAUUCAGAUGCACUGGUCUCACAGAGGGCCACUCUUAUGAGUUCAGGGUGUCGGCUGAAAAUGCUGCUGGUGUGGGAAAGCCUAGUGCACCAACUCCAUACAUCAAGGCCUGCGAUGCCACUUAUCCACCAGGACCUCCUGAGGGAGUAGGAGAGCAUGUGGACUUGCCUGGGUCCGUGAUCGCUGCAGAGAAGCUGGAGGCUCCAGAAGUUGAACUGGAUGCCGAUCUGAGAAAGAUGGUCAAUGUUCGUGCUACUGCCACCCUGCGUUUGUUUGUGACUAUUAGAGGAAAGCCUGAGCCUGAGGCAAAUAUGUGCUGA